GAAAGGGUGGCCUCUCUUACUUCCCUCUCAACGUUUAAAAGGGCGCUACAACCUUCCAUUACUAUAACUAACACCCCCAUUUCCUAAGACCUCCGAAUUUCACCGCCAAUUCUCUUCCGCUACAUCCAUCGCAAAUUCAACCUAAAAUAUAUCUGAAUAGACAUAGAAAAAGUCAUAACUUACCGAUAAAAAACAAUGUCUUUCAAGAACCGAUCACCGCCGAGUCCUCAACCGCAAACGCAACCGCAACCGCAGGAUCUCAAACAACGAGUUAUUACCUGCCUAAACAAACUCUCCGACCGCGACACUCUCGCCCUUGCUUCUGCUGAGCUCGAGUCCAUCGCUCGAAACCUAACAGUCGAUUCCAUCUCUCCGUUCCUUAACUGCCUCCACAACACCGACUCUUCGUCCAAGUCUCCUGUUCGGAGACAAUGCGUAAGCCUUUUGACUUUGCUGUCUCAUUCGCACGGUAACACUCUGUCUCCUCAUCUUUCUAAGAUGGUUUCUACCCUUGCACGCCGCCUCCGCGAUCCUGACUCCGCCGUCCGAUCCGCUUGUGUCGAGGCAACCACCGCCAUGUCGUCUCACAUCACGAAACCUCCGUUUUCGGUUUUGUCGAAGCCUUUGAUCGAAAUGCUCGUUCUGGAGCAAGACGUGAACUCACAGAUCGGAGCCGCGAUGUGUUUGGCCGCGGCGAUCGAGGCGGCACCGGAUCCCGAGACGGAGCAGCUUAGGAAGCUGUUGCCAAAGUUAGGGAAGUUAGUGAGGAACGAAAGUUUCAAGGCGAAAGCAGCGGUGUUUGGAGUUAUAGGAAGUGUCGCUAGUGUUGGUGGUGCCGGAAGUAAAGGGGUUUUGGAUUGGUUAGUGCCCUGUGCGGUGGAGUCUUUGAGCAGCGAAGAUUGGGGAACGAGAAAGGCGGCAGCGGAGGCGUUAGGGAAAGUGGCGAUGGCGGAGAAAGAGCUGGCAACGGAGUACAAAGCGGCGUGUCUGGCUGCUCUUGGACAUAAGAGGUUUGAUAAGGUAAAAAUUGUCCGAGAAACUAUGAAUCGUAGUUUGGGUUUAUGGAAGGAAGUUCCUGGAGUUUGUGAGGAAACCUCAGCUCCUUCUCAUUCCGACUCAUCUUCAACAGAUAAUGGUAGCGUUGGAUGCUUCCCUUCAGUUAAAAAAAGUUUCAAUGAUGUUGGUUUUAGAACUCCCCAAUCAAAGAAAGUAGUCCCCACGGGCAGGUCCCCUCCAUCUGAUGCUUCGACCGUGUCCACUGCCAAGAAAGAGACUCCUCUGAAGAGUGAUAAUAGGCAUGUGAACACAUCGAUUUUUGGUAGGCUGGACCGCACAAAAACCAAUGAUUGGAAGAUUGAAAUUGCUGAGCCAAAGUCUUUGUUUUAUAAAGCCUUUGAUAAUAUCAAGAAGAGUGGCCUUGGAGUCCUGGAAUCAAGAGAAAUUGGGGACAGUGAAAAUUCUAGGCUGGAAGCAGAACGUGAACUCAUUGGUAAGGUCCGUGAUGAAAAAGUGCAGAAAUUUGGAGUUUUGAGAUCUGGGUAUCGAAUGGUUCCAUUUUAUGAUGAGAACUUAGAUGUUGACGACAAAAAUGCAGCUUUAGAAGUUGAUGAGAACCCCAAAGACAUCGAGGAUCUGUCUCUGAUACGUGAACAACUUGCUCAGAUUGAAGACCAGCAAUCCAAUCUGUUAAACCUCCUGCAGAAAUUCAUUGGGAGCUCCCAAAGUGGGAUCAAUUCUCUGGAGACCCGUGUAAAUGGCCUGGAGAUGGCUCUGGAUGAAAUAUCUUAUGAUUUGGCUGUUUCAAGUGGAAGGAUUCCAAAGACAGAUUCUCCAGAUAAUACAUGUUGCAAGCUGCCUGGUACUGAAUUUUUGAGUCCCAAGUUCUGGAGGAAAACUGAAGGUCGGUUUUCUACUUCAAGGUUAUCUUCUUCUGGGCGCAUGCUUUCCCUAAAUGCAGUACAUAACACACCUGAUAAAGAUUCAGGUGCUGAAACGUAUAAGCCAGCAGUCAGCCAAAGAUAUCAGCGUCGAGGUUGGGGUGGAUUUGUUAUGAACCCAGUGGCAGAUGCCUGCAGUGACAUAAGAGAGAAUUCAGGGUUCUUCUCAAAUAGAAUAUCAAAGAAUACCAUUCAAAAUGCUGAGAGGGUUCAGGUUGGCAAUGCUAGUGGUUUGAUAUAUAGCACCUACGAACCUUAGCCGCAGGUAAUGGAAUUUCACUAUCUUCAGCUUAACUUGAAUGGAACUUGGGCUGUUUCAAGAACCAGCUUAAUCUAGCAGACAAGUUCCUUGGAUAAUCAAGCUUGAAGAAGAAAUGAUUAUAAUGAAAGCAAGUCGUAGAUCAAUUUAUGAUGUAGAGAUGCAGCCGUUUAACUUGUUACACGAGAUUGUAGGUUUUCCUUAUAAAUUCAUUAGUAAUUAUUAACAGCAAUACUAGAGCAAGGUUUUGCAUAUACGGUGUUUUCCACAGAAUCCUUCCCUGCAUUACUGAUAUUUUUGCAAUAGAGACCCCGCCUGUCUAUAGGGUCUUUGUUUAUCUCUUUUCAGCUUUGUCAUUAUUAGUUUAUUGCAUUUGCAUAUAAAUUUUCAUAUUCUUAUGCGAUGCAUUUUUCAUCUAGGAAGAAAAAGGAUUCACUGAGAUAUGGUCUUAAACUGUUUUGGUAGAUCGAACUGCUACAUGGCAUAGGCCCCAAAUCAAGCAUCUUUUUUUUUUUUUAAUUUGGAGGAAGCGAGAUUUGAAUCUUUGCUCUUUGAUUUUCUAGAUUAGGCAAUCAUGCAUCAUCUAAUUGAGUUAAAUAUUUGAGUGCAAUUCAAGCAAAUUUUAUAGCCGGCCAGAUAAAGCUGGUUCUGAGGAGACCCACGUAUCAGGCUUGGGAGGCUUUGGAAUAAAGGAGGCCAAGGCCAUGCAUUUGGCAAACAUUUACAUCUGGACUGUCAAUAUUUCACAGUUCCUUUCUAGUUUCUGCUAUAAAAAGGCAUUUUGACGAGUACGAGAGUUUCCGUUGGGCUUAAUACUGGACUGCUUUCUUUGAGUACCUGAGUUUCUAAUGUUAUAUUUCCAGCAUACAACAACGUUCAUUUAACUUUAUUGGACCAUAGCAGGAACCCUGACUUAACUGAGUCAGAGUCUGAAGUCUCCGACCACACUCCUUUGACAUUUAUUGCCUGGGCUUUCUCAUCAUUUUUAUUU